UUUAGUACUGGCCGCGCCGUCGUCGCGAUCGGCGCACACUUCACGACGCAUCUAUACAUAGCUAUAUACACCAGUGACCGACUUGAUCCUUCUUGUGUACAUGCUGUACUGCGAGAACAGCUGUCAGUGACGCGCGCUCACCCACACACGCGCGUGCGCGAAAUAAGCGCUCGGAUCGACGGCGCAUUAUCGGCCGAGAUAGCGAUCUCUCUCUCUCUCUCUCUCUCUCUCUCUCUCAGUACGCGGCGGACGACCAGCUAAAAUCAUCGAUCGUCGGGCUCACGCAGUGCUGAUUAGUGCGCGAUCGACGACCAAAUAAGUGCGAGUUUUCCAAUUUGGUGCUGUGUUGGAAAGACCGGUGGCUGCACCUUGUGUGACAACAUACGUAGUGAAUACAGUGUGCGGCUUCUCCUUUUUCUGCAGCCUGACCUGUACACAGCACGUUCAUAUUGCGCGCACGUAACUGUUGAAAGACGGAGAUAGAGAGCAAGAGAGAGCGGGAGAGAGAUAGAGAGGGACGAAGGAGAGGAACGAGUUCAAGAGUCGCGCUCUUCGGUACGCUGGUGGGGGGAUCUACUGCGCAUGCGCACCGCGCUCCAGACUGAUAGACCGGCGUGUGCGCGCGCGGGUCGUGAUGGCAAUUUGCAAAGGCGCUUGAUAAGAAGUGAGUGUGUUGCUGAGACAGGUCGUACAGGUUCGUGUGACUCCGUGUGACAGUGUCAUAGCGUACACGUACAGAUCUCUGUAUUAUUGUGUGUGCGAGCGACAAUUCGAGCGCACACGUGCCGUGUACUUCUGCUGUUUUUUCUCCUCGUCUUCUUCUCUCCAGCUGUACUCGAUGUCGCGUGGAUUGGCUCGAGCGCUGCAUCUGCAGACUGCAAUCAGCGGAUUCUGAAGAAAUGUGCGAGUCAGUGGAGGUGGCGCGAAUAUUGGACGUUAGUGGAACACUGCUGAAUACGACCUGCCGGCAAAAUAGCGCAUUAGCCAGUGCAGCAGUCUCGAUCAUGGCCAAGAUCCGCAUGGCAGAGAAGGUGGACUUGCCCAAGUCGACGUUGCUCCAGCCUCUGGAUCACUACCUAGUCGAGAAGCGUAGCCCGAGCCAAGCCGUCAACAUGGCCUCGAGCCUCGACAGCUCGCCCUCGAGCUCCUACUCCUCCAGUCCCGAGAACCGCAACCUGGACGACCUGAUCGAUAGCGUCCAGGGCAUCAAGAUCGUCAAGGGCGACAACAUCGUCAACGACGACUCCCAGUCCUUCGACGAGGAAUACCCGAGUGUCGAGUACAAGAGGGUGCCCUUGUCGACCGACGACGAGGAUGACGAGGACGAGGACGACGAGGGUCUCAUCGAACGCGGGCCCGUGAGACCCCAACUCCACCCGCUUAACAGGGCCAGACCCUACGUCGACUCGUCGGUCCACAGCUGGCCGAGUUCCGGCGUGAACCAGCCGAGCGAGAAUUCGACCGACUACGAUACCAGCGCCAAAGCCAUCCUUACCGAUCGCGAGUACAGGGAGAAGAUCGACUUCUGCCUGGACAAGCUCUCGGACUCGAUGAGUCAGGCCCGAUCCGCCAGCAAUUCUCUCUCUCCCGUCCACUCGGACUUUGGCGGAACUUCGUCCAGCUACUCGCCACCGCAACAGCAGCAGCAGUGGUCACCAGGAGGCCAGCGCAGCAACGGCUCGUCCUGUUUCGUGCCCUCGAUCACGGUCUGCGACUCGGAGACGUCCCUGCUGGAGAUUCUCUCCCGCGGUGGUUUCCAGCCAGCCCAGGCGUCCAGGACACCGGAGUACAACAGCGGCGCCAGCGUGGCCUCUUCGUCCAUGGCGUGUGCCUCGGACAACUGGCCAGACUCGCCGGCCAGCAGUUACAACAACUGCACGACCUCGGCUUCGAGACCCGACAGUCGCUCGUCCAGUCGAGCCCAGUCGCCCGGUUCGAACAACGGAUGCAACGGAAUCUCCUUCCUGAACGUUUUGGGCAGUCCCUGCAUGGAGUCGCCUCAGGUUUCGCCGCAGAACUUCCGCUACCUCCAGAGACCCUCGUCGUCGUCCUCGUCGUCUCAGUCCUACUGCGAGACCCCGAGCCCGGCGAACUACCAGAAUCCUCUGGAGCAGCAACUGGAGGAACAACUGGGCAACCACAUGAUCUCCCAAUUGCCGGUCUACCACACCAGCUUCGAGUCCUCGGACACGAUCGUCAACGACAGUCGUGAGUUGCAACUGCAGCUCGUCGAGGAGCUCAUCCGCAGCGAUUGCGAGCAGAACAAAGAGGCCCAGUCCUGCGACAUGCAGGUCGUCCCGAACUGCGGAACCACGACUCCCGGUUGCAGCACGAAUAACUACACCACCUCGCCGACUACCCGAGACAACAACUACCCGACUUCUCCGAGUUGUAGCGUCAACAACUAUCCAACUUCUCCGAGUUGUAGCGUCAACAACUAUCCAACUUCGCCGAGUUGUAGCAGCAAAACCUUCACGCUGACGAGUAACCUCCAGAUAACGCCUCCUAAUCCCUCGCCGACCUACAUGGAGAACCACGACCCGCACGACGAUCUCACAAAGACGUUGCUGAAGUUCGUCGGCGGUGAGCAAACCCUGGGAGGCCAGGAGAAGAGGUGGCAGGCUGACGCCAGGUCGACUUCCACCACCUCCGGCUACAGCAGUAGCAGCAGCAGCAGCGAGCCCUGGAAGGGCUGCGAGAACAGCUGCUUGCAAACGGACCAGCAGCAGGCCAAGAGCAACUUCUUGGGAAGUGCCAGCACCUCGCCCAGGCCGCAACAGCAGACGCUGUACCAACAACAGCAGUGCGUCCAAAUGAACAGCACGCUGGGAAGUGUGGAAAACAUACAGUACCCGUCGACGAGCGUGGACGCGAGGAGGAACUCGUGGAAGGGCUACACGGAGACGAGUCCCAUGAUGAGCAGUUCCAACGGCGUCGGAAGUAGCUUCAGCGAGUUCCAGAUCCCGGAAACGGUCACGUCUUACAAUUGUCAACGAUCGAAGAGCUCGAAUCACAGCGUGAGCAGAACUCACAGCGGGGGUUGUCUGGUGGAGGCGCGCAUAGCCCCGUGGCCCUCCUUAAACCUGCCGAAGACACGGGCGAGCGAGAGGCUGAAGGAAAACACGACUCCCGAAGCUGUCCAGAGGGCGAUGACGAAACUUCUGAAGACGCCGAUGCAGGAGCUCACUCACGCCGACACCGACGGUGACACGAUGCUCAUGUGUCUCGUGGGCAACCCAAUGGAGCUCGAUAAGAAGCUGGCCUACCUGGUACCUCUGGUGGAGCGUCUCGGGACGAUAGACGGCGCCCUGACGAUGCUCAACAAUCGAGGCGAAGACGCCCUUUAUGUCGCUGCCAUGAACUGCAGGCACAAGCCUUACGUCGUCGGAUACCUUGCGGCAGCAUUUCUACAGAAGAACAUCGACAUCGCGAAUAGAACCUAUCGAAACAAGGUUGGUGAAAACGGAGACACACUGGUGCACUUGCUGGCAGCCAAAGGUGACAGUCACGGUGACGUUCUCGCCGAAUUACUUUCACUCAAAACUGCCGAGGGGAAGCCGGUCUUCGAUCUUUCCAGACGCAAUUAUGACGGUAGAACAGCCCUGCACGUAGCGGUGGAAACGCACGUGUACCACAUGGCGUUGGCCACGACAAGACUGCUGCUGGAGAACGGCGUGGACCCGAUGAUAAAGGAGGGCAAAUGCGGCGAUACCGCGCUGCACAUGGCCGUCGCGCUCACCUGCGAUCCCGCCCUUGUCGCGACGCUGACGAAUCACAAACAAGGCGCGCAAUCAGUGGCCGUGGAGAACUACACGGGCAACACUCCGUUGCACCUGGCAGGCGCCAUAAACGAGCGCACGACCAUCGAGCGACAAGCCCACAUCUGCAAACUCCUGAAAUUAGCCGGCGCACAUUCGAAUCAGCCGAACCGGCAGGGCAAGACUGUCCUGGCCCUCGUGGCAGCCGACCGCAAGGAGAUGAUCAAGAGAGUCUUCAACGGGAAGUGUUAGCCAUAACAGUGUGGGUCGUGACGCCAAGGACUUUUGUAAUAUUUUGUAAAUAGAGUAUAUUGAGCGCGGACGUGGUGUGAGUGUGUAAAAACGAGAUUUUGUAAUCGAGAAGAUUUUUUUUUUUUAGAGGAGACGAUGAGCGUUGAAUUGUAUGCAUUUAUUUAGGGUCUAAUCGUUAAGCACUAUGUACAACCGCGACGUUGUUUUCUUUAUUUUUUACGCCUUUUCUAAGUUCGCGCGCGCGCGCGUAUUUUUUUUUAUUCGACAGAGCUGCGAGAGUAAUUGCGAAGAUGAAAAAACUGAUUUUAUUUAUAUACGCGUAAUUGUUUUUUUCUUCGAUUGCGAUACAAUUUGUACACAACCAGAGUUACGUUUAUAGAGUUUGUCUAUUAAGUUUCUGUUAAGUUUGAUUCUAUUUUAAAUGAAUUAUCGGAGUUAAGGAAGGUUUACACGUUGAAAAAAAAAUUGUUUAUUAUUGUUAGCGACUAACCGCGAAGAGCUGCGAGAGCUGCGACGGCGACGAUGCGUCUUGGGCUUGUACUUAUAUGACAUUAGCGCGAUAGAAAACGCUGAUGCGUAUGUAAAUUCGAAGGAAAAUUCUGUAAAUACGUUGAAAGCACAAUCAAAACACGACUAUUUAUACUUAGGCGAAAAUUCGAAAGCUUAUUCCACCAGAAUAACGUUCUAUAAUAUAUGUAGUAAGAAAAACUGGUCUUUCAAAUCUUAGUGUUAGAUAAGCAUAUUUCUGGUCUUUAGAAAAGACACUUUUAAUCCUAAUACGGAGCAAUAUCAAAUACGUAGCUAUGUAAGCUUAACAACGAAGUCCACGCGUACCUACCUACGAAUAUAUCAAACGUAACACUGAGUAUUUUCGUCAUACGAUACUUUGUUCAUUCUCGCGUCAAUGGAGGAAAUACAAUGCCUUCGGAAUCGUACAAUUUAUCUAUAUACACAUUAUACGUCUUUUUUAUACGUAUAUAAUAAUUAUAUCGUAUGUAUCUAAAAUCUCAGAUUGAUUUGUAAGUACAGAGUUGAAUCAAAAUUUGUGAUAAUAUAUGAAUGCAUAUAUUCUGUUUACCUAUCGUUAUAUUUUAUACAAGUUGUAUUGUAUAAGUAUGUUUUUAAAGUUAUAUGUAUUAUUUGUACAUAAAUAAGAAUACCAUUUAAAAGUU